UGCUAGUUGCAUCUGUCUCCCGGAUGGAUCAUCGAUGGAUCCCUGUGCUUCUUGGCUCUUGCCAGUAGGCACUAGCUAGACACAGUAGCCAAACAGUUUCUUCAGAGUUGGUUCAGUUUUGUUCUUGAGUGCUCUACUGAGAUAGAUCAUUUCCCAUCGAUCGAUUAAUUAGCCUUUUUUUUUUGUUUGUGUGCAAGUUGCAACAUGUAUUCGUUCUCAUUGAAUCUUGGGAUGAACUGUGCGUAUGUGGAUUCGUCUCUGGAUCGACGUUGAUCAGAUUGAAGUGUUGGCUCUGAUAUGUUUAGCUCUUUUUUUUGUGUGUGAUUUUUCUCUGUAGAUAGCUAGAGUUUCUCUGGGAGACAUGGAUGACUCGAGCCUGUUCAUGGAGUGGGCAAUGGAGACGCUGCAGCACCUGCACUCGCCACCGGAGCCGCCGGCGCCCGGUGGAUACUCCGGCGGCGUCGGCGACGCGUUUCCGUCGCUCCAGGCGCUCCGCGACUUGGCGUCGCAGAACGGCAUGGCGCCGCCGGAGCCAGCGGCGCACGAGGGGCACCGGGCCAGCAACAGCUGGAGCUCGGGCGACACGGACAGCGUGUCCGCCGGCGGCGGCCACACAUCCGCCGCUGCCAUGGAGCACGUCGACGGCUGGUCGCCGUCACCGAACUCGGUCAGGUGCGCACCUGGUGGCGGCGGCGGCCUCUGGCCCGUGAGCUGGAACUUCUCGUCGGCCAUGACGCAGCCGUGCAACGAGACCACACCGAACCAGGCGACGAGAGCGCGCCACGGCGGCGGGGGUCAAGAGACGUCGGCCGUGUCGCCACCGACACGGCGAGCCGCCUCAAAGGGCGGCGGCGGCACAGGCCCCUCGUCGGCGGCGCCGUACGCGCAAGAGCACAUCAUCGCGGAGCGGAAGCGCCGGGAGAAGAUCAACCAGCGGUUCAUCGAGCUCUCCACCGUCAUCCCCGGCCUCAAGAAGAUGGACAAGGCGACGAUCCUCUCCGACGCGGUGAGGUACGUGAAGGAGCUGCAGGAGAAGCUCAGCGAGCUCGAAGACCAGAACGGCCGGAGCGUCGAGUCGGCGGUGCUCGUCAAGAAGCCGUGCAUCGCCGCCGCCGCCGCAUCGGACGACCACCCGGCAGCGCAGGCAGCCGCGGCCGGCGGCGGCAGCAGGGGCAGGAGCUCGCUGCCGGAGAUCGAGGCGAAGAUCUCGCACGGCAACGUGAUGGUGAGGAUCCACUGCGAGAGUGGCAAGGGGUUGGUGGUGAGGCUUCUCGCCGCGGUGGAGGGGCUCCACCUCGCCAUCACGCACACCAAUGUCAUGCCGUUCCCGGCAUGCACUGCCAUCAUAACCAUCAUGGCAAAGGUGGAUGACGGGUUCAGCGUGACAGCUGAGAACAUUGUAGGGAAGCUUAACACUGUUCUCCAGCAGAACAGCAGGAACAAUAAUAAUACUACCGCAGAAGAAACCAGAAGCUGUCAACAACAAGAAACAGCUGCUAGCUAGCUUGCUUGCUUGCCAUUUGAUUGAUUCCAGCUGAGACUUGAGAGCAGUGUAUAAUUAAGCUCUCGAUCUGUCUCUCUCGUUGUGUGUGUGUAUGUAUGUGUGUGCUCGUACGUGAUGCAGCAGGCUACCACUCUCUGCUUGAUUGAACGCAGACAUGCACACCCCUGAUCGAUAUGAUGUGGUGAAUAAUAUUAUGCUGGUAUCGAACGAGAAUUUCUGCAUCAAAUCGAUGAC